UCUCUCCUUCUACUAUCAUCACUUCUACAAGCUCAAAAAAUUGAGAUAAGAAAGAAAGAGAGAAACAUGGAAUAUUCUUCAUCUUCUAAACACAUGGCCACUUUCCUUCUCAUGGUAAUUUGCAGUACUUCUCACCUCAUAUACUCAACCUCAGCUUCUAGAAACCCCGUAUCCAAAACCAACACCGAGUUCAUUAGAACGUCAUGCGUCUCCACAACCUAUCCAAAACUCUGCUUUAGCUCUCUCUCAACUCACGCAAGCACAAUCCAAUCGAGCCCUCAACUUCUGGCCAUCACCUCCCUCAGCGUGACCCUUUCUUCGGCCAAAACGACGUCCGCCGAGAUGACGAGGCUGUCGCUGAGCCACGGCCUGAAGCCGCGAGAGGUUGACGCCAUGAAGGACUGUAUUGAGGAGCUGCGUGACUCCGUGGAUGAGCUACGUAAGUCCAUGGGAGAGAUGAGUCAACUCGUCAAGGGAAAGUCCGGUUUCAAGCUCAUGAUAAACGACAUACAAACUUGGGUUAGUGCUGCGUUGACGGAUGAGAAUACGUGCACUGAUGGGUUCGAAGAGAAACCUAUGAACGGGAACUUGAAGACUGCUGUGAGGGGCCAGGUUGUGAAUGUUGCCCAAUUGACUAGCAAUGCCUUGGCUUUGAUCAACAGAUAUGGCUUGAUUCAUGGUUAACUUUUUUUGGUUCUCGUCCCAAAAGCGUGGUUAAAUAUUAUGACAAAAAAAUAUAUUAAUGAACAUCACUGGUGUUACGCAUUACAACUAAUAUAAGACUCAGUUGCGAGAUCCAUUUUUUAUUAGUAAGUGAUGCUCCACCGGUUUCAAAUAUUAUUUUUUUUCCGUGUGAUUGUACGUUUACUGUUCUGAGUGAAAACAUAUAAUAUGCAUAUGUCUAGCUAGGUUGUGAUGGAUUGAUAUUGUAAUUUGUAUGUCAUUGCGAUACAUAGGUAGUCACAUACAAAGUGUGUGACUCUUUAAUUAAGAUAUAAAUGAUUGAAUAUGUAUUUAUAGAAUAUAUGGUACUAAACCUGUGCUCUAUUUUUAUUUCUUCCAUCAAAUGUGAAGCGGAAGCUAUAAUUGAUUGGUGCAAUAUUAUUGGUCA